AUGGAUGACGAGAAAAGUCGCCCACGCGCGGCGCUGCUGCUCAUCGGCGCCUUGGGUGCAGCGGCCGGCGUCUACCUCCUGAGCGGUGGCAGCGGCUCGUUGGCGCACUCGGGAACGCUGGCUGCCUCCGUUGAGCCCCGGCAGCAGGUCGUGAGACACGUUCCAGAGGCAGUCGCGGCGGGAUCGUCGACGAUGCGCCAGCACAACCGGCGCAAACACAGUGCCAAGGCGUUUGAUAAGCUCAGAAGCAGGGAAGUGCUCGAGGCGGCGGCGGAUCCAAACUCAAUGUUUGACAUGAGCACCCCGUGA